AUGCAACUCUUUGCUCUCGUCACCAUUAUUCUCCACCAAUCAAUAUUGGCGUCGGCUGCACUUCCAGAAUGCCAGGGCACAGGCAAAUGUCCCCCAGAAGGAAUUUGGGGUGAAUGGACGUAUGUCGAUGAUCCAGUGACAUGCAAUACUCCCUGUGGAUCAUGCGAUGUUAAAAUGCAAACAAGGAAGUGUCUCAGUGAUGUUCUAAAAUGCCCAUGCAUUGGAACCAAUAGCAGAAAGAUUCCAUGUAAUACACAAAUGUGUAAGGCCCCAGCUCAAAGAACAUGCUGUAUUCCAUAUGUCCCAUUUAUUGUUAAUGGUACAAUGCAGUGUGGUCCCAUCACAACUACAAAAGGCGUUUCGUGCUGCCCAAAAGAUGGUUUAUGGAGUGAAUGGAGUGGUUUUUAUAAAGAAGGCAAUCAAUUGGUUCGAACACGAGACUGCCUCUCCCAAAGUUCCGGAUGCCCUUGUUCCGGUCCAGAUACUCAAUACUCAACAUUGUGUCCUUGCAAAAUGCCAGACUUUGAGAAGACGUGCGAAAACGAUGAAGCAAUCUGGUAUUCGUAUCCAGAUUUCGGGGCUUCACUGAGCGAUUGUUCUGCUCAGACAAUGCUGUUAAGGACUGAUAUUGAAGGAGAUGCAUAUUGCUCAAAAUCACCAAUCGACGGCAUUAGUCGGGGUGGAAUUGUUGUCAGAACUGUCGAUGGUAGAUGCAUUUUCGACAAAAUCUUUCCGUGUGUGGACGCGAUUCAACAAUUUCGACAAACUUUCACGUGCGAUUAUGAAUCCGGCUACUGGAGAUAUGAUCAAACGGGCGAUGAAAUUGUCUCGUACAGUCAAUUUGUAUACAAGAAUCCGAACAUUUGUUAA